AUGCGCUCCAAUGAGAAUUUGCCCUCCGUUCCGGGAAUUCUCCAAACGGUCAGUGUCCAAUCGACGUCUCAAAACGAGAAGCGCCGAGAACUUCGAAAAGAGGAAAAACGAACGAGACGAGAAUUGAAUCGAGUGAUUCACGCGUUCGGCGACGAAGAGAAGCUGGAAUUAGAAUUGGCACAAAAAGAGAUACAGAGACAGAGACAGUUAGAGAUAGAUCAAAUGAAAUGGAAACCGUCGUUGAUGGCCGGUGGUCCACGUGUCGAGGAGAUCUAUCCAUACGUGUUUGACGCGCGAAUUCAGGCGGGACACACGAUUUUCGAUAUUAAUGGAAUGAAGUUCGCACUGCCCGAAGGAUCGAAACGAGACACUUUUAAGACGCAUGAGAGUGUUACGGUACCGCCGUCGAAUAAGGGAGAUAUUGAGAAGAUUCAACACGUUUAUAUCAAAGAUAUGGAUGAAUUGGGACAGAAGGGGUUUAAGGGAUUCGAAAAGCUGAACGUGAUUCAAUCGAUUGUAUUCGAACAAGCGUACAAAACGAAGGAAAAUCUUCUGAUCUGUGCACCAACUGGAGCCGGAAAAACGAAUAUUGCAAUGUUGACGAUUCUCAACACGAUUCAUGAGCAUCAGAAUGCAAAAGGAGAAAUUAUGAAAGAUGAUUUCAAAAUUAUUUAUAUUGCACCGAUGAAAGCGUUGGCCACCGAAAUGACCGAGUCUUUCGGCAAACGUCUCGCGCCGUUGGGGUUGAAGGUAAAAGAGCUGACCGGAGACACUCAACUGUCUCGAAAUGAGGUUGCCGACACCCAAAUGCUCGUUUUGACACCCGAAAAAUGGGAUGUGAUCACCAGAAAGUCGUCAAGCGACAAUUCGAUAAUCAACACUGUCCGACUACUAAUUAUCGAUGAAGUUCACUUACUUCAUGAUGAACGUGGACCCGUUAUUGAGACAUUAGUCGCUAGAACACUCCGACAAGUUGAAAUGUCACAGUCGGGUAUUCGAAUUGUCGGUCUGUCGGCCACCCUACCGAAUUAUAUCGAUGUUGCCCGAUUCUUGAGAGUCAACCCGUACAAAGGGUUGUUCUUCUUUGAUGGACGGUUUAGACCUGUUCCGUUGACACAGAAAUUCAUCGGUACCCGAAAAUGCGGAAACUUCCGUGACAACAACACACUAAUGGACAACGUGUGCUACGAUGAAGUCAUUGAUUUCGUGAAACGUGGCCAUCAAGUUCUCGUCUUCGUUCACACGCGAAAUGGAUGUGCGAAGCUUGGCGAAGCGUUCUGUGCGCGCGCCUCGGUUUUGGGACAAAUGGACCAUUUUUUGCCGAAGGAUAAGACUUCCAGCAAAUAUGUUCAGGCCGACAAAGCAAUCACGCUCUGCCGAAAUCGCGCUCAAAUUUCGCCACUCUUCCAACGAGGUCUCGGAAUUCACCAUGCUGGUCUAUGCCGUCAGGAUCGUAUCCUUAUGGAACGUUGCUUCGCCGAAGGACACAUUUCCGUUCUUUUCUGUACGGCCACUCUGGCGUGGGGAGUGAAUCUCCCGGCUCAUGCUGUUGUUAUUAAGGGAACCGACGUGUUCGAUGCUGAAAAAGGAGUGUUCGGUGACUUGGGUGUGCUCGACGUUCAACAAAUUUUCGGACGUGCCGGUCGUCCACAAUUCGAGAACGAAGGACACGGAAUCAUCAUCACGACUCGAGAUAAAAUCGAUAAAUAUCUGACAAUGCUUGUCCAUCAGAAUCCGAUUGAAUCCAAUUUCUACCAACGUCUUCAUGAUAAUCUCAACGCUGAGGUGGCAUUGGGUACGGUAUCGACGGUCGAUGAGGGUGUCGAAUGGCUCACUUAUACGUAUAUGUAUACGAGAGCUCUCAAGAAUCCGAUGGCAUACGGUAUCGCGUAUGGAGCCAUUGAAAAAGAUCCGACGUUGAGAGAUCACUUUGGAAAUGUUAUUCGGGAAGCGGCGAUUCAGUUGGAUUUGAAUAAAAUGAUUCGAUAUGAUAUGGCAACUGAAUAUCUCAACUCGACGGAUCUCGGCCGGAUCGCCUCCAAUUUCUACGUGAAAUACGAGACAAUUCAGCUAUUGAACGAAGCGGAAAAAGGUGUCGGCCUACCGGUGACAUUCACCGCAUUUAUGCCAGAUGAUAUGGUCAUCGGACUGGUGUCAAUGGCUACGGAAUUCGCGAAUAUUAAGUGUCGAGAGGAGGAAAUUAACGAUUUAGAGGAAUUGAUGAGUUAUGGAUGUAUGAUGAAUGUGAGAGGAGGUGGUCUCGCUUCAGUGGCUGGAAAAGUGAAUGUCCUGUUGCAAUCUCUGAUUUCCCGAACGUCAACCCGGAAUUCCGCUUUAAUGUCUGAACAAUUAUACGUACAACAAAAUGCGGGACGCCUCUGUCGUGCUAUGUUUGAGAUGGUGCUGAAAAAUGGGUGGAGUCAGGCGGCCAACGCUUUUUUGGGAAUCGCAAAGUGUGUGGAGAAACAGAUGUGGAUGAAUCAGUGCUCGUUGAGACAGUUUAUACAGAUAAUCAACAUUCCCAUCACCUGGAUCGAGAAAAUCGAGCGAAAAAAAGCUCGCGAAUCGGAUCUUCUCGAACUCUCACCGAAAGAUCUCGGCUACAUGUUCAGCUGUGACGGUGACCGCCUCUACACGUAUCUCCGUUAUCUUCCACGUCUCGAAGUGACCGCCCGUUUCAAACCGAUCACUUAUACCAUUGUUCAAGUGGAAGUAACACUGAUUCCAUCGUUCCUUUGGAAUGAUGCGAUUCACGGAAAAUCCGGACUCCAAUCGUUCUAUUUGGUUUUGGAGAAUCUCAAUGAGAAUCUCAUUAUCCAUCAGGAACGCAUUGGAAUCGGAAAAAUGAAAGUGUUGAAGGCGGAGCCUCAAUUCAUCGUUUUUACGAUCCCAAUUGUUGACUGUCAGCUCACGAAUAACUUCCAGUUACGCUUGGCUUCUGAAUACUUUGUGACGGAAGACGUUGUCGUUCCGAUGAGUCUUCACAAUUGUAUCCUACCGAAAUCCUUCAAAAGUCAUACGGAUUUGUUGGAUUUGGAACCGCUUCCGAUUAAGACGCUAAAAAACUCAAAAUUCGAGUCAAUCUACACAUUCGACUACUUCAAUCCAAUCCAAGCGCAAGUCUUCUUCAGCCUCUACAAAACCGAUAAAUCUGCGCUCGUCGGCGCGCCAACCGGCUCAGGAAAAACGCUUUGCGCCGAGUUGGCAAUGUUCCGUCUCCUUCAAGACCAUCCAGGAAUGAAAGUGGUCUAUAUCGCCCCGUUGAAAUCUUUAGUGAGAGAACGAGUCGACGAUUGGAAACAGAAAUUCGAGAAUGGAAUGGGGGAGCUCCAAGCCUCAUCGAUUCUUAUCACGACGCCAGAAAAGUGGGAUGGAAUCUCCAGGAGCUGGGCGACACGUGAAUACGUCAGACGUGUUGGGCUCAUUGUGCUCGACGAGGUGCAUCUCCUGGGUGUCGAUCGGGGUGCCGUGCUCGAAGCGAUCGUAUCCCGACUGAAAAUGAUUACUAGGCGGAGUCAUACCCGCGAAGAGCCAGUAAGACUCCUGGGAUUAUCCACGGCACUCGCGAACGCUGGUGACGUGGCGGAAUGGUUGGGGAUUCCUGAUGAGGCGUGCUUCAACUUCCGCCCAUCGGUUCGUCCCGUCCCGAUUUCCGUGCAUAUUCAAGGAUUCCCCGGACAACAUUACUGUCCAAGAAUGGCACUGAUGAAUAAGCCGGCCUACAAGGCGAUCCUUACGUACUCCCCGCGAAAACCGGUCCUAAUCUUUGUGUCGAGUAGACGACAGACGAGAUUGACGGCGUUGGCUUUUGUCAAUUUGUUGAUUGCUGAUCACAACCCGAAACAAUGGUUGAAUAUGGAAAUGAGCGAGUUGGAAGUGUGGAUGGCGUCGGUUAAAGACGAAAAUCUGAAACUCACGCUUCCAUUCGGAAUCGGAAUGCAUCACGCCGGUCUGUCCGCCCAUGAAAGAGCAAUCGUCGAGCAGCUUUUCAUUGAGAAAAAGAUUCAAGUGCUCAUCGCCACCGCCACGUUGGCAUGGGGUAUCAACUGUCCCGCCCAUUUGGUCAUAGUCAAGGGAACCGAAUAUUUCGACGGAAAGAAAGGGAAAUAUGUGGAUUUUCCGGUUACUGAUGUUCUCCAAAUGAUGGGUCGUGCUGGUCGUCCACAAUUCGACGACUCGGCCGUCGCCGUGAUCUAUGUCCAGGACGCGAAAAAAACGUUUUACAAAAAGUUUCUCUAUGAACCAUUCCCCGUCGAAUCCUCCCUUCUUCCCGUUCUUCCAAACCACGUAAACGCUGAAAUCUCGGCGGGAACAAUUGAUUCGAAACAGGGAAUCGUUGAAUAUCUCUCAGGAACAUAUCUCUACCGUAGACUAUUCGCAAAUCCCAAUUACUACGGUCUCGACGAGGAUUCCGAGGAGUCGAUGCUGAAAUUCAUCACGAAAAUCGUUGAUGACUGCGUCACAGAGCUCGUCGAAUCCGAGUGUAUUCACGUGGAUUCUGAGAAUGACGUCAUCAAACCGACGCCUUCUGGGCGAAUCGCAUCGGUCUACUAUCUCCAGCAUGAAACGAUUCGUUUCCUGGUGAAGACGAUGCAUUCAGGGUGUACUGUAGAGCAAAUGUUGAAGAUAUUGACGGAUGUACCUGAAUAUGCGGAGAUUCCUGUUCGGCAUAAUGAGGAUUUGAUUAAUACAGAGUUGCAGAAAAAGCUGCGAAUCCGUUUUUCGACAUCAGUAAUGGGUACAUCGGCGUGUAAAGCCCAUCUUCUUUUCCAAGCCCAUUUCAUGCGGACACUCCUUCCGACAGACUAUCGAACCGAUCUGAAAAGUGUUCUCGAUCAGUGUAUUCGUAUUCUUCAGGCGAUGAGAGAAAUGGCGAGAUUGAAGAAUUGGUUGAGUGCAACCAUGAAUAUCGUCUUGUUGCAACAAAUGUGCCAUUCGGCGAGAUGGCACGACGAUCAUCCCCUCCUCUGUUUGCCCCAUUUGACACAUGAAGACGCUCGAUCUCUUGGAGAUCAAAUGACAAUUCCACAACUUCAGAAUCUUUUGGAAAUCGAGAAAUCGACGUCAUCAGAAGACCCAAAAAUGGUGAAACGAGUGAUGAAACUAUUGAGAGAAUCGACGAGACUCGAUGAGACUCAAAUGAAAGAAGUGCUGAAAUCGUUGUGUCAUUGGCCAAUCGUCCAAAUGAAAUCUAUGGAUCUCGUGGAUUCUGAUGGCAAAUUCUGUCAAGAUGUUUCUGGAGAGAAAGAGGUCAAAGUGAUGGCUGGAGAGGUGUAUAAGAUGAGAAUCGUGCUGGAGAGAUGUGGACCGGCUAGGAACAACUCGUCAAUGCACCUUCCACAAUGGUCGAAACCAAAACAGGCGGGAUGGAUUGUAAUUGUCGGCCGAGAAUUCAACGAUCAAAUUGUCAAUACGACGUCUGUGAUGGGAUCUCAUUCGACACGCUCCACGGCUAAACUCGAUAUCAGAGUUCCGGCGGCGAAAGGAAAACACGCACUAUCGGUGUACAUUUUGAGCGACUGCUACAUGGGAAUCGAUCAGGAAUACACACUGCGAUUGGAUGUUUGCUAA